CUGCUCCUGCCGAGCGCUGCGGAGGGCCAGGGCACCGCCAUCACCCACGCUCUGACCUCCGCCUCAACACUCUGUCAAGUUGAACCUGUGGGAAGAUGGUUUGAAGCUUUUGUUAAGAGGAGAAACAGAAAUGCUUCUGCCUCUUUUCAGGAACUGGAGGAUAAGAAAGAGUUAUCAGAGGAAUCAGAAGAUGAAGAGUUGCAGUUAGAAGAAUUUCCCAUGCUGAAGACGCUUGAUCCCAAGGACUGGAAGAACCAAGAUCAUUAUGCAGUACUUGGACUUGGCCAUGUAAGAUACAAAGCUACACAGAGACAGAUCAAAGCAGCACAUAAAGCAAUGGUUUUAAAACAUCACCCAGACAAACGGAAAGCAGCUGGUGAACCAAUAAAAGAAGGAGAUAAUGACUACUUCACUUGCAUAACUAAAGCUUAUGAAAUGUUAUCUGAUCCAGUGAAAAGACGAGCAUUUAACAGUGUAGAUCCUACUUUUGAUAACUCAGUUCCUUCUAAAAGUGAAGCAAAAGACAAUUUCUUCGAAGUGUUUUCCCCAGUGUUUGAAAGGAAUUCCAGAUGGUCAAAUAAAAAAAAUGUCCCUAAACUUGGUGAUAUGAAUUCAUCAUUUGAAGAUGUAGAUGCAUUUUAUUCUUUCUGGUAUAAUUUUGAUUCUUGGAGAGAAUUUUCUUACCUAGAUGAAGAAGAAAAAGAAAAAGCAGAGUGUCGUGAUGAAAGGAGAUGGAUUGAAAAGCAGAACAGAGCAACAAGGGCACAAAGAAAAAAAGAGGAAAUGAACAGAAUAAGAACAUUAGUUGACAAUGCAUAUAGCUGUGAUCCAAGAAUAAAAAAAUUUAAGGAAGAAGAAAAGGCCAAGAAAGAAGCAGAAAAGAAAGCAAAAGCAGAAGCAAAACGGAAGGAGCAAGAAGCUAAAGAAAAACAAAGACAAGCUGAAUUAGAAGCUGCUCGAUUAGCUAAAGAGAAAGAAGAAGAGGAAGUUAGACAACAAGCAUUACUGGCAAAGAAGGAAAAAGAUAUCCAGAAAAAAGCCAUCAAGAAGGAAAGGCAAAAACUUCGAAACUCAUGCAAGGCCUGGAAUCACUUUUCUGACAAUGAGGCAGAGCGUGUUAAAAUGAUGGAAGAAGUGGAAAAACUUUGUGAUCGCCUUGAAUUAACAAGUUUACAGUGCUUGAAUGAAACACUCACAUCAUCUACAAAAGAAGUAGGAAAGGCUGCUCUGGAAAAACAGAUAGAAGAAAUAAAUGAGCAAAUUAGAAAAGAGAAAGAGGAAGCUGAGGCUCGUAUGCGACAAGCAUCUAAGAAUGCAGAGAAGUCAGCUGGUGGAGGUGGAAAUGGCAGUAAAAACUGGUCAGAAGAUGAUCUGCAAUUACUAAUUAAAGCUGUGAACCUCUUCCCUGCUGGAACAAAUUCAAGAUGGGAAGUUAUUGCUAAUUACAUGAACAUACAUUCUUCUUCUGGAGUCAAGAGAACCGCCAAAGAUGUUAUCAGCAAAGCAAAAAGUCUUCAAAAACUUGACCCUCAUCAAAAAGAUGACAUAAACAAAAAGGCUUUUGAUAAAUUUAAAAAAGAACAUGGAGUAGUGCCUCAAGCAGACAAUGCAACGCCUUCAGAACGAUUUGAAGGUCCAUGCACAGAUUUCACCCCUUGGACAACAGAAGAGCAGAAACUUUUGGAACAAGCCUUGAAAACAUACCCAGUAAAUACACCUGAAAGAUGGGAAAAAAUAGCAGAAGCAGUGCCUGGCAGGACAAAGAAGGACUGCAUGAAACGAUAUAAGGAACUUGUCGAGAUGGUAAAAGCAAAGAAAGCUGCUCAAGAGCAAGUACUAAAUGCAAGUAGAACCAAGAAAUGACUUAAGACAAUCUUUGUUGUGUGUGCAUUUUUAUAAUAAAACUGAAAAUACUUUACAA